CACCAAGUACAUGAUUGACAGCCUCAUUCAUCAGAAACAGUCCCUGCAUGCCUACUCAUCUGAAGAAAACAACACCCUGCCAGCCAUUUUAACAGCAAACCAGUGGGGGCUGUUAGAGAAGACCUCAAAAGUUCUGACCCCAUUUGAAGAGCUAACAACUAAUGUCAGCGCUGCCUCUUCUACUGCAGCUGAUGUCAUCCCCUCAAUCCAUGUCCUGAUACGGUUUCUCAGUAAAGAGAGUGAAGAUGAUCAGGGGAUCCAAACGAUGAAAACCACUCUUCUGGAUGCAGUCCGCAGACGUUUCAAGCACAUAGAAUCUGAGCCCCUCUACACUGUGGCAACGCUGCUGGAUCCACGUUAUAAAGACAAGUACUUCACCAAUGCAGAAAACCUGGGAAAUGCAAAGACAGCUUUAAAGGCAGCUGUGUUGAAAACAGAAGGACAGCUGAAGACCACCACACCUCCAGCUGAUGAAACUGUGCAUGCUGAAAUGCUCAUCUUCCUAAAAAAGAAUCUGCAUAUCAUGCUUGGACUGCAGAAAUCAGAGAUGGAGCCAUAGUUAGUUAACUGACUAACUUUAGUAUUUGUUAAAAGAGUGAUGUGUUUAUUUUGUUCACUAUUGCUUGAGUGAAGACUAAGCAGUUGUUCCCAUCAUAUCAGCAGCACCAGGCUGGCUCUGACAGGAAAAAAAAAUACUGAAGUGACCUUGAAUUAUUGUUUUGCACUUUAAAAAUWUAUUUUAUUUUGUUGGAUUUAUUGAGAGUAUUUUUCAGGGUCUUCUAAUUUUAUUUAUUUUUAUUUUAUUCAGCUGAAGAAUUUUCUUGUUAAGUUUAAAAUUGAUGUAACCCAUUGGUUAAUAAUAAAUGGGUCAGUUUUUCUCAUAGCUGCUGUUGUUGAGUAUUGUUUUCUGUUUGAAUAUCACACGUUCAAGACUUUUCUUA